UUUUUAAAAUUUUUCCAAGUUUUUCUUCAAAAAAAAUAAUUAUGUUUGUUAAGUGAAAGUUUAAUUUUUUCUGUGUAUCACAUCUGGAAAGCUUUCUUAGGUAUCUCAUACAUGAAAGGGGCAGAUUUGAAAACGAUCGCACCACGAUGUGGCAGCUAGACUGUUUCUUGGUCUGGAUUGCGUUAGCCACCGGGCUAAGUAUCGUGUCAGGUGCUGGGGACAUCGUGAAAAGUUUCAACGAUACCACCGUUGAGAAAUUUAAUCAUUUAGUGGUUGAUCGUAACACUGGACGUGUUUAUAUUGGGGCAGUGAAUCGUCUAUAUCAGCUAUCGCCCGAUUUAGACUUAAUCAUAUCAGAAGUGACCGGUCCACAAAAUGAUUCCGUAGAAUGUUCAAUAUUGGAUUGUCCGCCAGAGAAAGUGAAAAAACCAACGGAUAAUUGGAAUAAGGCGUUAGUGAUUGAUUACACAACGACACGAUUAAUUUCGUGCGGGAGUUUAUUUCAAGGAAUAUGUUCCGUACGAAAUUUGCAUAACAUAUCAGAUGUUCAGCAAGUAUUACAAGAAGCUGUUGUUGCGAACAAUGCAACAGCGUCCACAGUUGCAUUCAUCGCACCAGGACCCCCAAAUCCACCAGUAACUAAAGUGAUGUACGUCGGUGUGACAUUCACCGAAAAUUCACUUUAUCGAUCCGAAAUACCAGCGGUUAGUAGUCGAAGUUUGGACAAAGAUAAAAUGUUUACAAUUGCUCAAACAGCGGUCACAACUGGUACACGGAUGUUUGUGAAUUCGCUAGCGCGUGAACGGUACCCAAUCACCUACGUAUACGGUUUCAGUUCAGAAUCGUUUAGCUACUUUUUAACCACACAGAAAAAGCAUAUAAGCAAUAAUUCAUAUAUUUCGAAAUUAGUUCGAGUUUGUAACGACGAUGAAAAUUAUUAUUCGUACACGGAAAUACCGAUUGAAUGUGUGGGAAGUGUGAAAAAUUAUAAUUUGGUACAAGCAGCAUAUGUUGGACGAGCUGGGUCCGAUUUAGCCGCUGAAUUGGGUAUUACGCCACAAGAUGAUGUCCUGUACGCAGUGUUCAGUGAAAGUGAUACACCUCAGUCAAAUGUACCCUCUGAUAAUUCUGCAUUGUGUGUGUAUUCGUUAAAAUCGAUUCGACGGAAAUUUAUGCAGAAUAUUAAAGAAUGUUUUAGUGGUAAAGGAAAUCGUGGUCUGGAUUUUAUUUCACCGAGUCUUCCCUGCAUAUCAACCAAACUUCAAUCAAUCAACGAAGACUUCUGCGGGCUCGACGUAAAUACACCACUUGGUGGUGAACAACCGAUUACGGCUGUUGCUGUCCUACAUGUACCGACACAUUUAACAGCUGUGGCCGCUACUUCAACUGGAGAUUUUACUGUCGUCUUUAUUGGUACUGCGCAAGGCCACCUUAAAAAGGUUGUUGUCGAAGAUUCAGAUUCAGCUUUGGAGUAUGGUGAUACAAUUGUGGAUGAAGGUUCACCUGUAAACGCCGAUCUUAAUUUCGAUAUACAUUCAAUGUAUUUAUAUGUUAUGACCGAGAAAAAGGUUUCAAAAGUUAAAGUACAAGAAUGCAGUGUUUACAAGAGUUGUUGGGAUUGUUUAGGUGCUAAGGAUCCAUAUUGUGGAUGGUGUUCAUUAGAAAACAAAUGUAGUCUACGUUCUGAUUGUCAAGAUGCUGCGAAGGAUCCAUUGUAUUGGAUCAGUUACAAGAGUGGUCGUUGUACGACCAUUACAACAGUCACCCCAAAUCAACUUCAACGGACAACUGCACGCACAUUGGAAUUAGUUAUUGAAAAUUUGCCAACAUUAUCCGGUCAAUUUUUAUGCGCCUUCACUGCCUUGGAUAAAACACUGCUAACAAACGCAACAAGAAAACCAUAUGGUGUGAAUUGCACAACACCUAGGACCGAUUUAUUGCCAUCGAUCCCACCUGGACAACAUCAUUUUACUGCCAAAUUAAGUGUACGAAUGACAUCGGGACCAGAUUUCGUUGCCACCAAUUUUACUUUUUUCGAUUGCAACACUUAUAGUUCCUGUACUCGUUGUGUUUCGUCCUCAUUUCCAUGCGAUUGGUGUGUCGAUGGACAUCGAUGUACUCAUGAUACCGCUGAAAAUUGUCGAAAUGAUAUCUUGGUUACAGGAGUAAGCAGAAUUGGACCAAGUUAUCGAUCAGGUCCAGCAUUUUGUCCAACAAUUAAUGCAACUCUUGGUCGCUCGGAAAUUCUUGUUGCAUCUGGUAUUAAAAAAUCAAUUCGAGUCAAAGUUCAUAUCAUCGGGCAAUUUAUCGUUCAAACACGUUUCGUUUGCCAAUUUAAUAUUGAAGGUCGAGUGACCAGCGUGAACGCACAAUAUCGUGGCGAUACAAUUAACUGUGAUCCCAUGGAAUUUUCAUAUACAUCACGUGCCCCAAAUAUCACAGCAACAUUUGCGGUAAUUUGGGGUGGCUCAAAGCCCUUAGAUAAUCCAGAUAAUGUUCAUGUGGUCAUUUAUCGAUGUCGAGAAAUGGCUGAUAAUUGUGGAAUGUGUUUGGCCUUAGCAGAGAAAUACGGCUGUGGAUGGUGCCAAAGUUCUGAUCGUUGUGAAGUUAAAGAACAGUGUGAAAGAGGCUCUGCGGUUUGGUUGAAUCGAAACGAAACAUGUCCGAAUCCAGAAGUGUACUCGUUUAGUCCACAGUUAGGUCCUUGGGAAGGUGGUACAAAUAUAACCAUUGAAGGUAUCAACUUGGGUAAAAACUUUAAGGAUAUUUACAAUGGAGUUAGUAUCGCUGGGAUCAAUUGUGAGCCUUACGAACAGCUUUACGUGAAAACAAAACAAAUCGUCUGCAAAGUCGAUGGUCCGGGAACAAACGAACUUCGUGGUGGACCUGUAGUUGUUCGAGUUGAAGAUUAUCGUGGAGAAUCCAAGCAACAUUUUCUAUUCGUUGAUCCAGUGAUUGAAGGUAUAAGUCCUAAAAAUGGUCCAAAAUCAGGUGGAACCAUGCUUCGAAUAACUGGAAAAUAUAUGAAUGCUGGUAGCAAUAUUCAAGCAUUUAUUGAUGGCUUACCUUGUAAAAUUAUUUCGGCGGAAAAACAUGAAGCACUGUGUAUUACAAGUGCAUCAGAAACUCAACGCACGGGAAAACUGCACAUGAAAUUCGAUGCAGGAGAUCGAUUUUUCGAUAAGGAAAUGUUUGAAUAUGUGGAAGAUCCAACAAUUGAAACAGCUGAAUCUGGUGUUGCAGGACAUCAAAAGUUCCCGAAAGGUAUCCCAGCUGGUGGAAUUAAAAUCACUGUAACUGGAAAAAAUUUGGCUUAUAUUCAAAAUCCACAAAUGUAUGUUUACUACGAGCAGAAAAUGUUUGUGAGCCAAUGUUACGUUUUAAGUAACACAAAUAUGGCGUGUUAUUCUCCAAUGAUUGAAGCAGACGAAUCAAAAUUGGAUGCUGAAAAACCACUUAAAUUGGAUUACGGUUUUCGUAUGGACAAUGUACUGGGUGUACAAAAUUUAACGGUUGAUAAAAAUUACCACCAUUUCUUACUAUUUCCAAAUCCAGUUUACGAACCAUUCGAGGAGGAAAUCAAGUAUUACAAGUCAGAUUAUUUGACCAUAAAUGGUCAACAUUUGGAUCGAGCAUGUCAAGAAUCCGAUGUCGAAGUGAAAAUUGGAAACGCUUUAUGUAACGUGACAUCGUUAUCACGUCAACAACUAACGUGUCGUCCACCAGAGAAUCAACCACCAAGUGUCGAUGAAAAUGGGGAACUACACGAUAAUGAGUUACCCACAGUUAUUGUUAAAGUUGGAGGAUCGUUAACUUAUAUUAUUGGGAAGUUAUCAUACGCUACACCCGCAGGAUUAAAUGGACCGUUAUCCAAGCCUGCAUUAUUUGGAGGAGUCACCGGUUUAGUUCUUCUCUUAUUCGUAUUUAUCGCAUUCCUAAUUGCAUAUCGUCGAAAAUCCACUGAGAGUAAUCGUGUACUCAAAAAUAUGCAAGAACAAAUGGAUAUUCUUGAACUUCGUGUCGCAGCUGAAUGUAAAGAAGCGUUUGCAGAGCUUCAAACCGAAAUGACUGACUUAACAAGUGAUUUAACGUCUGGCGGUAUUCCAUUCUUGGAUUAUCGUACAUACGCGAUGAAAAUUUUAUUCCCAAAUAUGGAAGAUCAUGUUGUGUUACAAUGGGAACGUCCUGAAUUGCUACGCAAAGAGAAAGGUCUACGCUUAUUCGGUCAAUUAAUCAUGAACAAAACAUUUUUGUUACUAUUUAUACGCACAUUAGAAAGUAAUCGAUAUUUUUCGAUGCGUGAUCGUGUGAAUGUAGCCUCGUUAAUAAUGGUUACACUCCAAAGUAAAAUGGAAUAUUGUACAGAGAUAUUGAAAACGCUGUUAGCGGAAUUAAUUGAACGUUGUAUGGAGGGAAAAUCACAUCCAAAAUUAUUGUUACGACGUACGGAAAGUGUUGCGGAGAAAAUGUUGAGUGCAUGGUUUACAUUUUUAUUGUAUAAAUUUUUACGUGAGUGUGCUGGUGAACCACUUUUCAUGUUGUUUAGAGCUAUGAAACAGCAAGUUGAUAAAGGGCCAGUCGAUGCGAUUACAUCUGAAGCACGAUAUUCACUUAGUGAGGAGAAAUUAAUUCGACAGUCAAUUGAUUUUAAACCAAUGACGGUAUACGUUUCGAUAACUCAGCAGCAAGUAUCGGUGAAUGGAAUUGACACAGAAAAUGUUCCUGUCAAAGUAUUGGACUGUGAUACAAUUAGCCAAGUAAAAGAGAAAGCUUUGGAUCAAAUAUAUCGUGCAACACCAUACUCACAACGACCUCGUAAAGAUGACUUAGAUCUUGAAUGGAGAACUGGUACAACAGGUCGUUUAAUACUUUACGAUGAAGAUAGCACAACCAAAACCGAAGGGGAAUGGAAGAAACGCAAUACAUUAAAUCAUUAUCGUGUCCCGGAUGGUGGAUGCUUAAAUCUCGUCUCAAAACAAAGUUCCAUUUAUAAUUUGAGCACGUUAUCUGAUAAGAAUGAUAAAUCACACAAUAAUUUAUUUUUCAGAUAUGAAACAUUAAAUUUAAGUAAAUAUAGUUCAGCAAGUCCGCCAUUAAGUCGUGCAACGAGUCCAUUAAACCAUGACCAUGAUCAAGGUCUAAAAGUAUGGCAUUUAGUAAAACAUCACGAUAACGAUGCCCAGAAAGAGGGUGAACGUGGCAAUAAAAUGGUUUCAGAAAUCUAUUUAACACGAUUGUUAGCAACAAAGGGUACACUCCAGAAGUUUGUGGAUGAUCUGUUUGAGACAAUCUUCAGUACAGCGCACAGGGGUUCGGCAUUACCUCUUGCCAUCAAAUAUAUGUUCGAUUUUCUGGAUGAUCAGGCAUUACAACAUGGUAUUUCAGAUCCAGAAGUUGUACAUACAUGGAAGAGUAAUUCAUUGCCAUUACGAUUUUGGGUUAAUUUAAUUAAAAAUCCAAAUUUUGUAUUUGAUAUACAUAAGUCAAAUAUUGUGGAUUCUUGUCUAUCGGUUGUUGCACAAACGUUCAUGGAUUCAUGUUCCACGUCUGACCAUAGAUUAGGUAAGGAUUCACCAAGUUCAAAGUUAUUGUAUGCCAAGGACAUUCCAGCCUACAAAGAAUGGGUUGAACGAUAUUAUUCUGAUAUUAAAAUGAUGGCCGCUAUUUCGGAUCAAGAUAUGACGGCUAUGUUAAAUGAAGAAUCACGGUUACAUACAACCGAAUUCAACACAAAUUGUGCAUUACAUGAAUUGUAUACAUAUGCAAUGAAAUACAACGAGCAAUUAACGGUAACACUAGAAGAAGAUGAAUUCUCACAUAGACAACGUUUAGCAUAUAAAUUAGAACAGAUUCACAACUUAAUGGAUGAAGGCUCGAAUCCGUGAUGUAGGUCAUUGUCGCGGAGUGGGACCCAACGAUAUCCUGCUCCCGACAUUGCACCAUCAGCUCCGCCCGCCUCACCAACAACACCCUCAUCCGGUGGCCAUCAUCAUCAUCUUCAUAGCAAUCAUCAAGAACUUGCAUGUUGACUUACUACUGCUACUCCUACAUGUGAUGAUAUCCUAGUGUGAAAUCAAGUGCGAGUGCGAGUGACCUUAAUAUUUAAUAUAUUUGAAAAACUAAGUUUUAGCACGUGUUUAUAUCAAGAAAAAUGAAAAACAAAUGAAAAUCGUAAUACAUGUGAUAUGUUCAGUGUCAUAUAACUUAGUGAUUGAAAAAUUUAUAAAAAAAAAAUACUCAUAUCUAGAUAGGAAAUAACUGCUGCCCUUUAUAACAUACCUCCCUUUCCCCUAAAUUUCCCCCCACUCAAUCAUAAUCAUCACAAUAAUGCCCUUCGUCCUUAAUUUUCACAUUUUAUAUGUAAAAGUUAUCUAUGUACACUCAAAAAACAACAAAUUGAUGCGUGCAUGGACGACUUUAGAAUUAAAUUUGUACGUUUAACAAAUCGGUGGAGAUAUUUCGUCGAAAUAAUAUUCAAAAUGUCAAAUGGUU